AACUAAAAUCUUUUUGACCUAUCAAAACUAAACAAAACAAAUCUUAGCUAUAAAGAAAGAGAGACGAAAGAGAUCUCAGCAACUCGAUCUUCAGCGUUUUACUGUUCAUUCGUUCAAAGAUGUCGUACUCGAGGAGUUCAAUGUAUUCUCGUUCUCCUUCCCCGUACAAGCGAUACGGCAGGUCUGUCUCAAGAUCUUUGUCCAGGUCAAGGAGUCGGUCAAGGAGUGCUGAAAGCGAUGUUGAAAAUCCUGGGAACAAUUUGUAUGUGACAGGCUUGUCACCUCGGAUCACCAAGAGAGAGUUGGAGAAGCAUUUUGCAAGUGAGGGAAAUGUGAUUGAUGUUCAUCUUGUGGUCGAUCCAUGGACAAGGGAAUCUCGUGGCUUUGGGUUUGUUACAAUGGCGACCAACCAAGAAGCUGAAAGCUGCAUUAAAAAUUUGAACCGCUCUGUUCUUGAAGGACGUGUCAUCACAGUCGAGAAGGCUAAGAGGCGGAGGGGGAGAACCCCUACUCCAGGAAGGUAUUUGGGUUUGAGAUCCGUUCGUGUGCCUCGUCGAUCACCAAGCUACUCACCUCGUAGAUCUCCAAGCUAUACUUCUUAUCCAAGGAGCCGGAGUCAGUCGCCUCGUUAUUCAUCUGAUAGGAGUAGGAGCAGAUCUUACUCCCCUCGGCAUAGGUCAUACUCACGUUCUCACACCCCUGGCAGAUCACCAAGUGACCGCUACUAUAGGAGGCGUGACCACUCCUACUCUCCUGAUGAUCGAUACUACAGAAGGCAUGAUAGGUUCUACUCGCCAGAUGGCCGAUACUACCACGGGCGGGACCGUUCCUACUCACCUGAUGAUAGAUACUACAGAAGGUGGGAACGUUCAUACUCACCAGAAGAUCAUUGCAGUAGGAGGCGUGACAGGCCCUAUUCUCCAUAUGACUCUAGGUAUGAUUCAGGGGAUGAUCAACACUAUAGAAGUCACCGUUACCGUUCUGUUUCUCGAAGCCCCAUGUCACCUCGGUCAAGGAGAGUUUCUCGGAGGAGCUACUCACGAAGUGUCAGCCCUAAGCGAAAGACCAGCACAAAGAGGAGUUACUCACGCAGCACUUCCCCUGUAGAGAGGAGGUCAAGGAGGAGCUACUCACGAAGCAUUUCUCCAACACCUAGGAGAAGGUCCAGGGAGGAAGGGUCUCAUGAUAGCUGCUCUAGAAGUAGAAGUGCAAGUCCGAUUUCCAGAUCUGUUUCAAGAUCAGUUACUCCUAGGUCUGAUUCUGCAUCCUGAAGGAUAGGGAAGGAUCUCUAUGCUGCUCCGGUUCUUCGCGAACCUUAAUGUAUAUUUAACGAAUGCCCUAUGCUGUCUUGUAGUUUCAAGUGAACUUGACCUCUAUAAUAAUUGGCUUUGUUUGCUAUGCGGAUUGUUUAUGAUACUGGUUCAUCUUGAGAACUCAUUAAUUAAAUAUUACUAGGAGUUUGGUCAA